AUGACAGAAUUGGGCAAAAGGAGAAAAUUAGAGAACCUGAGGAAACCGGUUCAAGGUUCGAAGGUCUUCUCUCCGUUCCGGGUGGUUGGUAACGUCAGCAAUGGUCUUCCCUUCGCAGUCGGUACGCUGGGAUCAACUUACUACAUUGUCAGCAGUGUCGGCAAAAGUUUCCAGAUAUACGACGCUAACAAUCUGCAUCUCCUGUUUGUAUCUGAAGAGGAAACAUCCAGUUCCAUAACUGCCUUGGCGGCGCACUUCCACUACGUGUACGCUGCGUUUGGUAACUGUGUUGGUGUCUACAAACGUGGGAUUCAAGAGUUUUUGAUUGAAUUGGAAUCGAAUACAGCCACUAUACGGAACAUAUGUGUUUUUGGUGAUUAUAUGUGCCUCUCAACUGAUGAGAAUGUUGUUUACGUCUACAAGAAGAACUCGCGGAAGGACAACUUUUCAACGGAAUUUUACACUAAAUUUCAGAUCACGGAACUACAAGGUGGAGAUAUAGUGUCCUUGAAGCAUUUGGCGACGUAUUUGAACAAAUUGAUUGUUGUGACGAAGAACAAUAUUUUACUUUUCAACAUUCGUAGCGGCAAACUGUUGUAUACCUCCACAGACUUCCCAGAUCAGAUAUCUGCCGUGGAAUGUGCACCAGUGCUCGAUAUCUUGGCGGUGGGUACAACUACAGGUGAGGUGCUCAUGUUCAAUGUCAGAAAGGGUAGAACUAUUCGUACCCUUAAACUGACCACUGCUGCCGUUUCCACUAUUUCCUUUAGGACCGACGGAUCGCCACAUCUCUGUGUUGGUACCUCGACUGGUGAUCUGAUUUUCUAUGAUUUGAAUCGUAAAACGCGUAUCCAUGUUAUGAAAGGCGUGCACAGUGAAUCUUAUGGUGGUGUCACUCAUACCUCCUUCCUGAAUGGUCAGCCCAUAGUGGUUACAUCUGGUGCUGACAACACCUUGAAGGAGUUUGUCUUUGAUCCAUCGUUAUCGCAAAAUGAGGGCGAGGUUGUUGUCCAACCUCCAAGAUUUUUGCGAGGGAGGGGUGGUCACUCGCUACCGCCCUCAUGUAUUGCAUUUGCAGAUGAUGAAUCUCAUUUUAUCUUAUCCGCCUCUAGGGAUAGAUCUUUGUGGGGCUUUUCGUUAAGAAAGGACGCUCAAAGCCACGAAUUAUCCCAAAGACUCCAAAAGAAGCAAGAUGGGGGGGAGACUCGGCGGUCGCACAAUGAAGGAAAGUUCCCUGAAAUCAUUGCUAUGACCAUAGAAAACUCGAGGCUGGGAGACUGGGAAAAUGUGAUCACCGCCCAUAAAGGUGAGAAGUCAGCAAGAACUUGGGAUAUGAGAGCCAAGAGAGUCGGUAGAUGGACUUUUGAUACAAUAGAUGGCGGCUUUGCUAAGUCGGUUGCCCUUUCGCACUGUGGUAACUUUGGUUUUGUUGGUUCUUCCAACGGUAGUAUAGUCAUUUACAACAUGCAGAGUGGUAUCCUUAGGAAACAGUACAAACUGCACAAGAGGUCUGUUACAGGUAUUGCUUUGGAUGGCAUGAACCGUAAGAUGGUCUCUUGUGGUCUAGAUGGUGUUGUCGGGUUUUACGACUUCAACAAAUCUAGUCUACUAGGUAAGUUGCAACUAGACGCUCCAAUCACUUCCAUGGUGUAUCAUAAUUCCUCCGAUUUGUUUGCCGUAGCACUUGAUAAUUUAUCCAUUGUUGUCAUUGACGCUGUCACACAGAGAAUUGUCCGUCAAUUAUGGGGGCACAGUAACAGAAUAACGUCAUUUGAUUUUUCACAGGACGGUCGCUGGAUUGUAUCAGCGUCGCUCGAUUCUACAUUGAGAACCUGGGACUUGCCUACGGGUGGCUGUAUUGAUGGUGUGGUUCUCGACAACGUUGCCACAAAUGUUAAAAUGUCCGCCAAUGGGGACUAUUUGGCCACCACACACGUUUCCGGGAAUGGGGUUUGUAUAUGGACCAACAGAGCACAAUUCAAAGCUAUCCCCAUCAGAAAUAUUGAUGAAGACCAAUUUGCUAGGGCGACAUUACCGAACGCAUCUGCGACAGGCAAUAGUUCGAUGUUGGCUGGUGCAUUGGAUGAUGAAGAUGUUACCGUGAAGGAACAACACUUGGGUGAGUAUGAGUCGGUCGAUCAAAUUGAUAAAGAUAUGCUCACUCUCUCGUUAGGGCCAAGGAACAAGGUCAAUACACUUCUGAACUUGAACACUAUAAAGAAAAGAUCUAAACCUAUAGAACCACCAAAAAAACCAGAACAAGCUCCAUUUUUCUUACGGUUAGCUGGUGCAGGUGUUGGCGAUGAUGCCUCUGGAAGGGAGGGAAUUGCAUACGAAACGCCUGAACAAAUUCAGGAAAAACAAUUGAAAGAAUCAGCUAAGGUGUCUGCUGAGGAUCGUUUAAAUGCAUUCAAGCCAAGUGGACGCAUGGGAUUCGAGUCUAAAUUCACCAGGCUAUUGAGAGAAGGUAACGAAAAGGCGAAUUACACUGAAUUUCUUGCCGAGUUGGUUGCCCUUCCUGUUAAUGCUAUUGAUUUGGAAAUAAGGUCUUUGAACGCAUUUGAACCGUUCACUGAGAUUGUCUGGUUUAUCGAAUCGUUAACAGAGGGCCUAAAUACAAAGCAAAAUUUUGAACUAUACGAGGCGUUUAUGUCUUUACUGUUCAAGAUUCACGGCGACGUUAUUCACGGUAACAACUCAAACGUGGGUAUAUCUGCCGCAUUAAAAGAAUGGGCGAAUUCUCACAAGCAUAAUGAUAAGUUAGACGAGCUUGUGAAAUACUGUUCGGGUGUGAUCAACUUUGUCUCGACUUCCUAA